AUGACUGAGGCCGGCCGGAACCCUUGGUACGAUGCAGAUGGGCGCCCAUUCGCACCAUAUAUCGUUGGUGUGGCUGGAGGGAGCGCUAGUGGCAAGACAUCUAUUGCAAAAGAGGUAAUUCAUCGGCUCCCCAAGGUACCAUGGGUAGCCAUUGUUAGUCAGGACGCGUUUUAUCGCCCUCUCUCGCCCGACCAAGUCAAGUUGGCAUUCGACCAAAACUUUGACUUUGACCACCCCAAUGCCAUUGAUCAAGAACUACUGGUUCAAUGCAUCCGCAACCUGAAAGCAUCGCGUGCUGUACAAAUUCCCGUGUACAGUUUCACACAGCACCAACGCACGUCUGCAUCCACCUACCUCUAUGGCCAUGCUGUAAUUGUGGUCGAGGGCCUCUUUGUCUUGCAAGAUCCAGAAUUACGCGAGCUGCUAGACCUCAAAAUAUUUGUACAGACCGAUCCUGAUAUUAUGUUGGCACGUCGUAUCCGCCGGGAUAUUGUUGACCGCGGACGCUCCAUCGACGGCGUACUUGAUCAGUAUUUGCGCUUUGUGAAGCCAUCCUUCGAGACAUUUGUUGCUCCAUCUGCUAGGCAUGCUGAUAUCAUCGUACCAGGUGCGAACAAUGCUGUGGCCAUUGAUGUCAUCAGCCAGCACAUUGCCAAGCACCUAUUGCAUACUCGCAACCUUGUCUUGUCUGCAGAACCUCAUAUUCUACCAGAAAGCCUAGAAUCCACGCAACAUUGGCCCUUUCAACGUGCUCGUAUCCGCGUCGGGAUUGACUCAACUGGCCAAACGGUGCACUGUGUGGAACAUGAGCCAUUCUCUACCGACGAUGCACCCUCCUCUUUCACUUCAGAGACCACGACCCUUCUGCCCCUACCACCUAACGUGGAUGUACUGCGCCAAACCCCACAAAUGCGUGCCCUACUGACUAUCAUGCAUGAUGCUGCCACACCUGCAGGCGAGUUCGCAUGGGCCUGUAAGCGUGUCGGCGCCUUUGUUGUUGAGGAGGCAAUGAAGCAGCUGCCUUAUGAGGAGCGAUCUGUGCCCCUGCAUACUGGUGGGACCUAUGUGGGCCUCAAACUCAAUGUUGAUUUCAUUUGCGGCGUCUCCAUCCUUCGCUCUGGUGCUAUUCUAGAACAUCCUCUGCGGCGCGCCCUCCCAGCUCUAUCUCUGGGCUCUGUACUGAUUCAGAGCUCUGACACCAAUUAUCGUCCCCUCCUUUAUUCUGUAUCUCUACCUUCCUUUGUUCGCGACCGCGAGCGAGCCAAGCGCACGUGGGCCUUGAUCACUGAUGCACAGAUCGGGACGGGCGCGGCCGCUUUUAUGGGUAUACGCGUGCUGCUUGACCAUGGCAUUCCCGAACACCAAAUUUUGCUGCUCACACUAUUGUCGUCGGCACAAGGCGGUCUUUGGUCACUUCAUCAUGCCUUUCCUAAGGUGCGCAUCAUUACUGCCAGUGUCGAUCCAGGUUUGCGUCGCUACUCAUGGCCAAUCUCGCCAAGCAAUCCCUCCGCGGCAGGCAACAAUGAGUCUGUGGACAGAGAUUCUUCUCUAGAAGAGCCUUCUCAUGAGCGUGUCGCCUAUGCCAUUAUACCCGGUUGUGGCCAAAUGGGCGAUCGCUUCUGGGGUACAUAG